AUGGCGCGACCUCGUGGCUCCAUGUCGGCGGCUAUCGACCCGCUUUUCGAGUUCGACGCGCCGCAGACGUUCGUGGACCUCAUUGCGCCGUUGUCACCGUUUCCCCCGGGCGCGCACGAUCCCUGGUUCGACCAGAUCCACCCUGAACACAGCAAACCCAGUGCGGAAUUAGCGAAGGAGUUGGCAGACGCCGUGCGGAAGUUGCAGGACAAGGAGCAGCAACUUAAGGACGCUGGCAAGUCCAAGAGCAACUCCAGACGCGAUCACAGGUGGAGCCUGAACAAGGAGAACCAGCAGCCAAUGGACUGGCGCGAGAUCGUAGCAACCCGGAAUAAGCAACUUCAGCAGAAGAAAAGGAGCAAGUUCAAGAGUUUGAAGGAGAUGCGGGCAACCCAAGAGCCCUUUAAAUUGCAAAAGACCAAGGUCAAGGUCAAGACGGUCUCUGCUCCGUCUUCGGAGAGCAGGAAGCCGCUCAGGGACUUGGGGAACAGCCUGAAUUCGGGCUGGAAGAGGGCGCCACCUGAGAAGGAGAUGAAGGACUUGCAUGAGCUACUGAAGAAACACAACAAGAAGUUUAAGACCACACAUACGUACGAGCCUCCACAACAUUCUGUGCGGGAGGUGAAGCAGUGGGAACGCGAGACUAGCAAGAGUUAUUAUGCAUUAUCGGCGGAGGAGCGUGUGCAGGCGAACCAAGAGAUUACGAUCUGGAAGCAGAGGCGACAAAUGGAGAGAAGCCGUUAG